GAUGAAGCAGGAAUUCCAGGUAUGCUAGUUGGAGUUUCUGUAGAUGGAAAGGAAGUCUGGUCAGAAGGUUUGGGUUAUGCUGAUGUAGAGAAUCGCGUAAUAUGUAAGCCAGAGACGAUCAUGCGAAUUGCUAGUAUUAGCAAGUGUCUUACAAUGAUGGCUGUUGCUAAAUUGUGGGAAGAGGGGAAACUGGAUUUAGAUGCUCCAGUACAGAAAUAUGUCCCUGAGUUUCCAGAAAAGGUCUACGAGGGUGAAAAGGUCGCUAUUACUACAAGACUCUUAGUUUCACAUUUGAGUGGGAUUCGUCACUAUGAAAAAGAUAUUAGAAAAGUAAAGGAAGAAAAGGAAAAGGCAAACAGAGCAUUUAAACUGACAAAACCCCAUCAGGAUAAAGAACAAAAAGAAAAAGAAGGCAAAGGGAUUGAAAAGACUGAUUCUGUCAAACCAAGGAAAGAACACGAAGGUGAGGUAAAAAGCCGAAAUUCAAAACUUGGCAGGAGAGACGCAGAAUUUGAGCAAGAGGAGUAUUAUUUGAAGGAAAAAUUUGAAAGCGUGAUUGAGUCACUGAAGAUAUUUAAAAAUGAUCCUUUAUUCUUUAAACCAGGUAGUCAGUUCUUGUAUUCAACAUAUGGCUUUACUCUUUUAAGCGCUGUUGUGGAGAGAGUUUCAGGACAAAAAUUUACAGAUUAUAUGCUAAAAAUGUUUCGUGAUUUGGAUAUGCUAUCAACUGUACUAGAUGACAAUGAAGCAAUGAUAUAUAACAGAGCAAGGUGUUAUGUUUACAACAAAAAGGGACGGCUGGUGAAUGCACCGUAUGUGGACAACUCUUACAAGUGGGCUGGUGGUGGCUUUCUGUCGUCGGUAGGUGACCUUCUGAAAUUUGGAAAUGCCUUGUUAUACAGUUAUCAAGCUGGACAAUUUCAAAACACUAACGGCAAGCUUCUUCCGGGGUACCUGAAACCAGACACAGUCGCAAUGAUGUGGACCCCAGUGGCAAAAACAGAAGUGUCAUGGGACAGGGAUGGUAAAUACGCAAUGGCUUGGGCUGUAGUAGAGAAAAAACAACAAUGUGGCUGUUGCAGACAGCAGAGACACUAUGCAUCUCAUACGGGUGGUGCAGUGGGGGCGAGUAGUGUCCUCCUCAUUCUUCCUGAAGAGCUGGACUCUGAAGCUAUAGACACUGGGCUAGUGGCACCACCUAGAGGAGUAAUUGUUAGCAUUAUCUGUAAUAUGCAAUCGGUUUCACUCAACAGCACUGCCUUAAAGAUUGCAAGGGAAUUUGAUAAAGAAAAACGGGCACAAUAUACAGAUUAAAAAAAAAAGGGAUACAUGUAACUGAACUCACUGUACUGAAACAUGAAAAACAAAUGGA